CUGGAGGCGGAGUCCGUGUGAUGCGCAGCGGCGCAGCAGGAGCGCUGCUCGGGCGCAGCUCAGACACCAUCACUACCGGCGGAGCGAUACCACCAUCUCCCCUCAGCGUCGUUUAGGCAGGCCGAGAGAGGAGGAGGGUGAGUGGUGCUUUUAGUAUCUGAGCGAAAGUGUCCGUCACGUACUGUUGUGAUGGGGGGCAAAGGAUCAGAACUGGACUGAGGCACCUGUCAUGCAUUGCAAGAGCGCUCUGGUAUCAAGAUUAAUCCAUCUGCUGCGGCUGCCGUUUUGCAGCUGAACUGGAGAAGAUUUUUUUCCUUCCUUUUGAUGCGUUCAUGUGGGUGUCCACGAAUAUGUUUACUCUGCUUCUCUGGCGUUGUGCGUGAGUCACCGUUGGCCUUGGUGAGCAGCUGCUGUUGCCUGUUGAUAUGCAUUCCCCAUAAAUCUGGUGACUUCUCCUUCAGUGGCAUAGUUGCAGGAUGCCAGUGCAGGCGGCCCAGUGGACAGAGUUCCUGUCUUGUCCCAUCUGCUUCAAUGAGUUUGACAGCAGUGGGCACCAGCCCAUUAGUCUUGGCUGCUCCCACACGGUGUGUAAGACCUGCCUGCACAAACUGCACCGCAAGGCCUGCCCGUUUGAUCAGACGCCGAUCAGCACCGACAUCGACCUGCUGCCGGUCAACUGUGCCCUGCUGCAGCUGGUCGGAACUCAGGUCCCAGAUGUUAAGCCAGUAAGCCUGAGCAGUGCAGCAGAGGUUGAGCACUAUGAGGUCUGCAAGGUCUGUGUAGAAGAACUGGCUCUCUACCUGAAACCCAUCAGCGGUGCAAAAGGUGUGACAAAUCUGUGUCCAAGUGUGCUCAGUCGGCCUAUGCAGAGGAAGUUGGUGACCCUGGUGAAUUGCCAGCUGGUGGAAGAAGAGGGCCGUGUGCGUGCGGUGCGGGCGUGCCGGUCUCUUGGGGAACGAACAGUAACUGAACUCAUCCUGCAGCACCAGAACCCCCAGCAGCUCUCUGCCAACCUCUGGGCGGCAGUGAGGGCCCGCGGCUGCCAGUUUCUGGGACCCGCGAUGCAAGAAGAUGCUCUGAAGCUGGUGUUGCUGGCUCUGGAGGAUGGAUCAGCCCUUUCCAGGAAGGUGUUGGUGUUGUUUGUCGUCCAGAAGCUGGAGGCACGGUUCCCCCAGGCCUCUAAAACUAGCAUAGGCCAUGUGGUGCAGCUGCUGUACAGGGCCUCCUGCUUCAAGGUGACAAAGCGUGACGAGGACUCCUCACUGAUGCAGCUGAAGGAAGAGUUUCGUACCUAUGAGGCGCUGAGGAGAGAGCAUGACGCUCAGAUCGUCCACAUCGCCAUGGAGGCAGGCCUGCGAAUCUCACCUGAGCAGUGGUCCUCUCUGUUGUAUGGAGACCUGGUCCACAAGUCACAUAUGCAGUCCAUCAUUGACAAGUUGCAGUCUCCAGAGUCAUUUGCAAAAAGCGUUCAGGAACUGACAAUCGUUUUGCAGAGGACGGGAGACCCUGCGAACCUCACAAGCCUUAGACCACACCUAGAGCUUCUAGCCAACAUAGACCACAACCCAGAUGCUCCCACACCAUCAUGGGCAGAGCUGGAAAAUGUAAUGCUGGCUGUAAAGUUGGUGGUUCAUGGACUGGUGGAAUUCAUUCAGAACUUUAGCAAGAAGAGCCACGACACUCCACAGCCUCAGGCCAACAGCAAGUAUAAGACCAGCAUGUGCCGGGAUCUUCGUCAGCAGGGCGGUUGUCCUCGAGGAACCAACUGCACAUUUGCACACACACAAGAUGAGCUCGAGAAAUUUAGACUGAGGAACAAGAAGACCAGCACUGUGGGCCGUGGAUUCCCUCUAGCCCCGGGCGUUAUGAAUAAACCCUUCACCGUGGAGAGCGGCCUCCGCACAGAUGUGUCCGCAGGAGUAGGCCCGAGCCUCAAAUGCACAGGGGAGAACACUAUCGCCGUGACAGAGGGAGUCUCCAGCCUGACUCACCUGCAGCUGAUCUCCAGAGGGGUGGACAUGGCAGAGGAAAGGAAGAUAGCGGUACCAAACGGAAUCAGUGGGGCUAAUGGCUCCAACGGGCUGACUGGAGCCAAGAGAACCACGUUGCAGUCAACAGAACAGAAACCCAUCUCUCCUCCCAGGACUCCUGUCAGCCACUCAUCAGCAUCGUCUCCCUCGAGCUCAGCUGGCCAUGCUGAAAGUAGUGCUCAAAUGCCCAGACACGGUCAGUUCAUUCUGCCGUCACCACAUCCCUCUCAGUCAGAGCUGUACUACCAGGAGCCCCACCCGGCUUACGACACAGUCCACUAUCAACCACCCUCAGGUUCCUACCACCCAUCUACUCUCCAUCCUUCUCAGAAGCCUUGUAUGGCUCGCUUCCUCCGAUCCUCCCAUGUCCCAGAAUCUUCUCUGCCACCUUCCCUGGGCCCUCCGUCAUCUUCUUACCCAAACGACCCUCAGACACCACACCCUCCUUCUUCCACCUCUUCGGGGUACCCGCCACACCUCUCUAGAGAUCGACUGGGAGCUCCGACCCUCCAUCCCCACCCAGGGCAGCCUCAGUACGGGCCUUUGGCCCCUGCUCAUGGUGUUUAUGCUCCCCUGUAUGACAGCAGGAGAGUAUGGAGGCCUCAGCUUUACCACAGAGAGGAUGCAAGGAGUAACUCGUUGCCUCCAGAGGUGCUGCAUUCCACUGUUUACCAGCCUCCACUCAGGGAGAGAUUCAACUCUUUAGAUAGCAACUACUGUUCCGGAGCUGAACACCGUCCAGGGCUGCACAGGGACUAUGGUCGUGUUCCUUUGGGCUAUGAAGAUCUGUUCAGAAGGAAGCAUGAACAGUGGGCUCAUCAUCACCAUCAUCACAACACCACCAGGCCCGCCCAGUCUUCCCCCAUCUUCACCAUUGAUUUCGGAAAAGAGCAUGUGGAAAGCAGCGGUGGGCAGUGUGUUGGCUGCAGGUUCAGAGGUGAGGAUAGUUUGGCGCACUAUUCUCCGUGGUCCUGUGGACCCGUCAGACCCUGUGUCAGCCCUUUUGAGCCUGAAACUCUCACGCACACAUCUGCUCACUCCUGUUCGGAGCGUCCAGAGUUAAACAAUAAUGAGGGGGGAAGUGGUGGCAUUAGUGGUGGUGGGAAGCGAUGGCUUCAUUCGUUGGAACACUACCGACGUUUGAAAGAUGAGGACCCAAUCAUUCCUUUUAGUGAGGGGCCGAUUAUCUCAAAGUGGGGUGCAAUUUCCAGGGCAUCUCGCACUGGCUAUCACAUCACUGACCCUGUCCAAGCCACAGCCUGCCAGAGCAGCGCCAGCACCACCCCCAUCAACUUUAAAGAUUACAACCCCCACCUGGAUCACAGUGACUACAAGUGGAGCUCCAGGGGGUCUGACUCUUCCAGCCUCUCCAGCUUCCAUGAAAAUGAGCACCUUUAUGCAUCAGAGCUACACGGCCGUCGAACUUCAGUAAGCAGUGGAGAGAAAAUUGUGUCUGACUUACAAGCCCAGCAGACUCCCUUCAGACAAGGUCGGAACCGAGAUGGGAGUGAACCGGACCCGAAUCGAGACAUCGAGCUUGAACUUCGUGCUCUGGACAUGGAAGAUUCAGACCAACAAGAGAUCAAGCCUCAGGAGUCUUUAGAUCUUGCCAAUCCACAGUCUCAGGAUGCUACCCACCUCCUUCCAGCUCCCUGCUCAUCUCCGCUCCUCUCAACCUCGGUAGAGAAGCAUCUCCAAACAGAGGCUCUUGCAACUGAAAAGAUGGAUGCUCAUCUGCUAAAAAAGAUGGCCUUUAGGAAGUCUCUGUCUCCAGGUGGGCUGGUGUCAGGAGGUUUGGGCAUUGGGAAGCUAGUGUUGCGGACCGGACCUCAUCGAUUAGGUGACGCUUCCACCAGGGCAUGCCCCGAACCGCCUGGGACAGAGAUGCUGCUCAAUGGAAGCUAAGGGGACACAAGGUCUGAUUUUAUCUGAGCUGAUGCUUAUUCACCUGCCCACAACAAGACCUUGCUUAAAGGAACAGCAACCAGUUCCAUCCUUCAUAAAUAUCAGUCAUAUCAGGAGUCUGUGUCACACUGCAGCGGGCAAGAGAGAACACUUGGUUCUGCAAGUUGUACAGUGGUGAUUUUCAUGUUUAGGGGCAGGGUUGGAAAAGUCACCGCACCUUUGUUCACGUUUUUCCAUAGAAGGCAAUUUUUGGUACCAUAACAUGUAGUCAUAUAGCCGAGACCUGUGGGUAACAUAAUAAGAAAUGAAUGAUCAUAUGAUCAUGUUGUAUUAAGGUUCACUCACAGGAUUUCUUUUUUUUUUUCUUCCUUUAAUGAAUUCACCAUAUGAAGCCUCAAAUUACUGAGGUCCUUUUUCUCAGUACUAAAUUUGUGUAAGUAGUUUGUACUAAACUAAAGGUCCGUUUAUUUCUCUCUAUCCCACGCGUAUAAGGCUUUGAAAAGAUUAAUUUGUAAUGCUUUUUAGCAUGUGCCUUCAAAGAAAAUGUGUUUCCAUAAAAAAAGCGCCAAUUCACAUUCAAGACACCCAUAACUUGUAGAUCAUAGAAAAAACUGGGAUUAUUUAUACCCUUUUUUUAAAAAUAUCUCUGUCAAUUAUUUUACACAAAUUUCUGUCUCUGUACAGGGUCUAGAAUAAUAAAUGCUUUUUCCUGGGCAGCUUUAUGUAGCAAUGACUUCAUCUGGCUUUGUGCCUCUGGUUUAGCGUAAAGCAGUUGUUGAGGUGAGACACUACAGGCAACGUUUGUUAUUCUUGACAUUUUGGUAUACUUGUACUACCAUAAUGUAACAUAACACAAUUACUCCAGUGUGAAAAAAAACAACAAUCUAGGGACUUUAUUUUUACAGGGUUACGUCCAUUCCACAUGCAAAUAAGCACAUAUUUACUUUCAUUACAACUUAUUUUGCACAUUUAAACACAACAGCUGAAGUACACUCAUAUAUACAGGUUUCCAUUAUAAACCGAUGCAUUUUUUUAUGAUCUUUAAAGGCCAUUUUUUAUAGCACUUUAGUAUAUCUUUGAUGUUUUCUGAUUUGAAUCAUCAGAAAGAGAAAUCCAGACUUUCUUUCAUUUGUGUUUUAUGUUGGAAAAGUUAAAUAACGCCCUUGAUGUAAGUAAUCAGUUGGGAAAGUUUUAUUUCCUCUUUUUUUUUUUUUUUUUACUUUUGCAGUGUCUCACCUCAAACAUCCUCUGGGGGAAAGUACUAAAUACUUAUAUAUUUUAAUAGUGAGACUGAAAUAAUUAUUUCCUCAAAGGGAUGAGAAAAUCCCUUUGAGGAAACAAAAUAAUUGCAGAGCCUUUAAUGUGUUGGUCAUGAAACAAGCCUCUGUUAGAUGUGAGUCAUAUGAUCUUUUACAUCAUCCUCUAACUUCUGCUGACUGUUACGGGAUCACUGAAGACAAUGACACAGUCAUAAACUCAGUUUGUGAAUGAUCAUUGACUAUUUGAGAUCACAUGUUCAAUGGAAAGCAGUUUCCCCCACUUUUUUAUGUAUCAAUAAUAGAAUACUAUUUACAUUUUAUCUCCGCAAACUUAAAGGUGGAAAGCAUUUUAUUUUUGGUGCAGAUAUUCUCUUUCAGGCGUAGGUUGAGCCAAUAUACAGUAUCAGUUACAGACCAAAUUAACAGACAAUUUGGCUUAAAGAUGCUUGGCCUGUAGUGAUACUGGCAACCAGUCCUGUUGAUUGUAGGAUAAAAAACAAUCACAGCUCUGUCACAUGAAUAAAUGGUGCCGCCUGAGCAAACUGUAAUUCCCACACAACUGAAGAGUACUUAAAGCAAAGUGGCCUUUCUCUCCAUGGUGUUAUAAUAACCAAAAUAUGAUCUCUUUUAACAGUUGUUAUUGUGCUUUCCAGGUCAGUCACAUUCAUGUUCUGUGUAAAUCAUUCACAAGUUUUGCUUGAUGUUUAAAAAUAAAACCGACAUGAGGGACACCACCUCUUGUUGCCACUCUGUCUAACUUUUUGAAAUGUUUUGUUAAUUUAAGUUUUUUUUUCUUUUAGCGUUGCUAACUUCUGUGAAGUUGUGUUGAGAUAUUUUGUAUACUUGUUUCUCUUGUGUGGUCUGUUUUACAUAGAUAAAACUGAUAGUCUUGUGUAACGCUGGUCUGUGCUGUACUAUCUGAUCCUCCAAAGCCUGCUUCAUUGUUCAUUUUCUUUUUCUUUUUUUUUUUUUUCCUUUGAGUGUGGGUGAUUUCCACAUAGCCCUGCCGUGCCUCACUUGUUUCUACACACAUGAGGCAUCCUGGCAUGCGUGACUUAAAUGAACAGCAUGAAAACAUGAAUCUUUCUUAGCUAUAUGGGAUGUAAAGUCUUUUAGACUCCUAAAAUCUUUUUACACCUACCACCAGAAUCAAACAGAAUGGGAGGAGUAGAGGUACUGUAACUGAUCUUUAAAGAGUUCAAACUUCCUUAUUACGUUCCUUUUGCCUCAGCUGCCAUUGUGGAGUGGCUUUACUGAAGAUCAAGUUCUAACUAUUAAGUAAAAAAAAUGAAUGGCUUUGGAGUUUCUCUUUGACAGUAUCUCCCCACUAGCUGCUCAGAAUAGUAAGAGAAUAGACUUCGAGUGGCUUAAUAUGAUUUAUUUUCUCCUAUUUUGAAAAUCUCUUGAAGGGUGAAUUGCCGACUGUAAAAGGCAAGGGCUGGUGCAGGUGAUAAGCUGCACCUGGUAAUUAAAUAAGCUUGGCUACCUACUGUCACUCUGCUUCUGUUUACAACUUCACCUCUGAAGUCAUGUAAAGUUAAGUGCCAUGUUGUGUACAAUACAAUCGAUCCCUGCGAUUUUCCUACAGCUUUUCAUAUUCCUUAAAUGUAAAACUAUGCUCGGAGGGAUGCGUUCAGUCAAAGCUGAGGAGAGACACUUCUCUUGUAGUUCCGCUGUGUUCCAGUAGGAGAGGCUAGAUUGUCAUCUGUGAAUUGCUCAGGGAAGAUUUAAUUUGCUUGGCAACUUUGGCUUUUUCUAUACUCCUUUCUCUGAAUAUUCUGUGGAAGUAUUUAUUUGAAUUUCACUUGCAGAUAAGUGAUCCUUUCACCCAAAGCAUAAAUGGGACAAAGUGUUAAAAAUUACUUUUUUGUCAAUGCUUUCUUUUGUCUCAGUAUCAAUAUUGGCUUUGCUGUUAGUGUCAUGACAAAGGGCUGGAUACAUACUAAACUGUAUGUAAAAAACAGUAUUGUGUGAGUGUUGAAGUGAUUUUCCCUGUUUCUUUAAGUGUAUAUGGAGCACUGCUGUAGUGGCCACUUGCACUGCACUGAUUUCCUCCCCCAUCACUGCCAGCGAGUGCCCUUCCCCGUUUCCCUUCACCCCCACCACCUUCGUCCAUCCGGACUUCCUGAGUCAUGCAUGCAAUAUAGUCCCUAUUGUGUUGGCGGAGGAGUAAUGACGAUUCUGUAGUUGUGAUACAACACACCCAGCGCUGUAACAGUUCUGCACAUGCCCACUGUGUGGCCAGUCAAGUGCUGAAGUUUGCUUGCAGCAUUUUAAUUGCUUGCUCAUUAAAAUUACUUAUUGUUUGAUAGAGAUUAUAUUAUUAUUACUGUUACUGUUAAAACCACAUUUGAUUGUUGUGGUGGUAUUUUUUUCUUGGUAGACUCUGUUUUCUUUGUUUUAAAUUUGAGAGGUUUCUGAAACUGUUUUUAUUAGACCUGAAAAUGUCUCAUUAUUCUAUAUUGUAUUGAAAACAAAAAGCUUGUUUGUUGAUUGUGAAACAUAUGAAGAACUGAUGUUUUUUGACUAUUCAUGUCUGUAUUAGACAUUUAAUUUGCAAAUCUAUUGUUUGAUUGAAAUCUACAUGAACUUUGAAGAGAUGGUACACAUCUGUCAUUGUAUACAGUCUGGCACCAUCAUUAGAUGGACUUAUAGUAUUAAUGCUCAUUUCUACAACCUGUGAUAAUCAGAUAUAUUUAAAUGUUUAAAUCAUUGGGGCUGUUGUGUAAUGUUUCAGAGGAAAGAAAAUACACUCCUUACGAGACUAUAUCUAAAAUGUCCCUAAAAUUAAUAAUACUGUUACGUAUUCCAUUUAUUUCCUUGGAAAUAUCACAUUGUGAAAGGUUUCCCUUUUACUUAUUGUAAUGCAGGACUGGAGUGAAGUCUAACCUUUUGUGAUGAUGAUUUAUGUGCUUUUAAUAAUAGAUGAAGCUGUUUGAGUUUUGUUUUACUGACUCAUUGAUUCUUCUGUGCAUUUUCUGACUUGUUCAGCAGUAUUACACUGGCCUUUUGAGAGCCCGGGCAGGCAGCAGACUGUUUCUGUGUUGCAGAGAGAUGGAUUUACGAAAAUUAAGAUUACAGCACAUGAAAUUGCAUGCUAUAAUAAACCAACAACAGUAGUGCCUAUUUGUGCUUCUUGUUAUUUCUGUUUUCUAGCAUAUUUGACAAAAGUCUUAUCUUAACACAACUAGUUAUCUCCAUCCAGCUGGCUAAUGUUUAAAGGGUUCUCUUAAGAAAAGAAACAGUAUUUAUUAAUGUCUUUUUUUACAUCAGAUUUGUGGGGAAGUUUUUUUUGUAAAAUACAGACAUUGUAUUACAUUUUCCUUAAAGCAUAUUGAAUAAA